GUGAAUGCCGUGACCAUGGCAUCCCAAGGCCUCUUCUGGAGCAUGACUGCAGUCAUUAUCAUCCUGGCCGUGGUGAUUGCCCUGAUCAUUGGUUUUGGUGUCUCAGGAAAACACUCCAUCAGUGUGAUGGCACUGACGUCUCCAGGGAACAUCGGCCAGAGCAGCAUCCUGGACUGCACUUUUGAGCCUGAUAUCCAAAUGCGCAGCAUAGUGAUCCGCUGGGCCAAGGCAGGAGUAGCUGGGCUGGUUCACGAGUUCAGGGGCGGGAAGGAUCACCUGCAAGAGCAAGAUCCGUUGUUUCAGGGCCGCACGGCAAUGUUUGCGGACCAGGUGAUUGGCGGCAACGCUUCCCUGGAGCUGAGGGAUGUGCAGCUCUCCGAUGCUGGCAUCUACCAGUGCUCUGUCACCACAGCCAGAGGGAGCGGGGCAGCAGUGCUGCAGUACAGGACAGGAGCCUUCAGCAUCCCUGAGGUGCACAUAGAGAACAGCAGCAGUGGGGACACGCUGCAGUGUGAAGCACCGCGCUGGUUCCCUCGACCUACCGUGCACUGGAUGGUCGACAGCAGCGCCGGGGAGCACGUCCCUCACACUGCCAACACCAGCUACGAGCUGAACGCUGAAAACGUCACUCUGAAAGUGGUUUCCUUCCUGCACAAUGUUACUGCUAAUGCCACCUACACCUGUGUGAUUGAAAACAACAUUGCCAAGGCUACAGGCAACAUCAAAGUGACAGAUUUCAGCAUUACAAGGGGGACUAACUUGCAGCUGGUGAACCUGAAUGCAGAGUCAGUGUCAUCCUCCUUUUCAGCCUGUCACUGGAUGCUUCUGCUUCCCCUGUACCUGCUGUCGAUAUAACGUCUCUACAAAACAAUCAGAAACUCUACUGGGUCUGGAGGUAAGUUUGGAAAGGGAAACUCAUAAGUAUACACGCUUGACAUGCAUAUAGACCCUCUUGCUGAGUU